AGCUCAUGGUCGAGAGCGGAAUGAAACGUGAGUAUCACCCUUUGUAUAUAUAUUAUUUUUUUCUUUUUAUAGAAGGAAACAUAGUUACUGAAGAAGGAAAUUUUAAAAGUGACUUAAUUCUGGUUCUUUUGUUGUUAUUUUCAGAGAAAAUGAUGGGAUUGCAGAGGAAAUAAACACAGUUCAUUCAGAUAAUGAAACAGAAGCUCCUCAAAUUAAGCCAGAAGUACUUUAAUGUCGUAUCUACUCAAGCAAAUCUAACAGACCUUAGGCCUCUGAAAUUAUUAAAUGAAGUGGGACGAAGUUUGGCUGACAUCAUUAGUGAAAUGUCUAACACUCUGGAUAAAGUUUGUCAGGUAAACUUUGAAGUGAAACCAAGUCGAUAUCCAUUCCCAACUGUGGUCAGUCCUCGUCAAUUAACAGACAAAAAAGAUAUCAUCCUCCCAGAUUUGCUGACCACUGAUGCUAAGCUUUAUACUUUUACUGGCAUACAUUCUAUUGAUCUUCUUGAUGGUUUAGUGGAUUGUGUGUCAGAUUUGGUGGUAGAUACCCCAACUAAUAAAAAGAUACUAUCUUUAAGAGACAGGCUUAUUCUUACCAUGGCAAAAAUAAAAUUAAAUGUGAAUUUUACUGCAAUUGCCGUUCUAUUUAAUAUUAGCAGGCAAACUUGUUCUAAUUAUUUCAAAGACACAAUACCUAUUUUAUCAAGAGUGUUGAAGGUAAUGAUACCAUGGCCUGACCAAGAAAUAGUCAGGAAAAAUUUGCCACUGUCCUUCAAAAAAUACGAAUCCACUCGAAUAAUAUUGGAUUGUGCUGAGACAGUAAUAGAAAAAUGCAAAUGUCUCAAGUGUAGAGUGCUUACUUACUCUCAAUAUAAGAAAAAUCACACUGUUAAAUUUGAUGUUGGGAUAACUCCAUCUGGACUCAUCAUAGAAAUCAGCUACGCAUUUGGAGGCCGCGCCUCUGAUAAAUUUAUUGUUAAUAAAACAGGAGUACUUGAUAAACUGGAUUUUUAUGAUGGAGUUAUGGUUGACAAAGGAUUCCGAAUUGAAGUAGAAUGCUUGCAGCGAAAUCUACGACUAAUAAGACCUCCUUUUUUGAGUCAAAAGCAACAGAUGAACCGAACGGAUGCUUUGAGCACAGCAGACAUUGCCAGAGCCAGAGUUCAUGUGGAGAGGGUUAUUCAGAGACUACGAGAAUUUGAAUUAUUGAAAGGUCCAGUACCUUGGCCACUGGCUCACUAUUUUGAUGACAUACUGAUAAUUGCAGCUGGCUUAACUAAUCUUGGUGCCCCAAUCAUUAACAUAGAUAAGUUUAUGUAAGGUGUAUACUUUUGGAAAUAAACAGCAGAAA